GGCGGGCGCGGGCGGGGGCAGGAGCGGGGAGGAAAAGGUUGACGGCGGAAACGGUAGAGCUGCCGGAGGAAAGGUUGCGCGCGCUUGUGCCCCGGCGGGGCAACGUGCAGGGUCGUUCUUGGCCGGUCGAAACGCAAGACAGCAGGACCUGCGCGAUGGGUCUAACCAUGGCCGAUUGAUUAAGUCUGGACCUCUUUUCCUCUCUACCUUCUUUUCUUUCUCUCUCUCUCUCUCUCUCUCUCUCUCUCUCUCUUCUUCCCCUCUCUUGUCGUGAGAGGUCACGAUCUAGUGCCUGCGCCGUCAAUCGGACGCCAUGGCGACCGUCGCUGCACGCUGCCCCGUCUGCCCUUCAUCCAUUUUUCGGUCCAAUGACGUGGCAAGCUCAUCUUCUCCCUCUUCGUCCUCUCUCGAUCGAGAUGCAGGUCUGAGACAUCGCCAGACAUUCCCUUCGUGCGCGGGAAUUCCGCAGAGGAGGAGGAGAAGCUCCCACGUGGAGGUGAGUCACCGAUGCCCAGCUGGCUGCUCGCAGCUGACUGCUCCCGGCGCGGGGCUGGGGUGUUUCCUGAAAGGGCUGCGGCGGCGCGGACAUGCGCACGCGGCGACGCCAUUCGUGUCUUUCUCCGGAUUACGAGCGAUCAAUUCCCCAGCGAACCGAGCGGGAAGGGGGGGACGGAGGAGAGGAGGGCUGGCGGCGAGUGGCGGAGAUCACGGCCGAGUGCCACGUGUGAGUUGCGCGGCUGAUGCGCAGGUGGCAGACCGCCAAUCGACCUCGUCUUCUUCUUUCUUUGGCCAGGAGCGAGAGCUCAGUGCGCCUCAAAGCGUAGUAAGGGAUCUUCCUACUCCAGUGAGGUAUCUAGUCUGCGCAGCGUUGAUCGGGGGAGCCGCGGGGGCGGGGUACGCGCUGGGCAGACGAGUGGCACCGCCUGCAGGGCAAGUGGCGGGCGUGGUGGUGCUGGGAGCGGUGGGCGCAGUCGCCGCGCGAAGCGUGAACAACUCAGCCAAGGAAGUGGCUGCCGCAGAGCUGCACAAUUCGCUGGUCCGUCAUCCCGACAUCACAGAAUUGCGCCCGGAGGAAAUCCACGCUGUUGCCGACAAGUAUGGUGUGAAUCCUCAGGAUGAGCGCUUCAGUGCUGAAUUGAAGAGCCUGUAUGAUCGGUUUGUGACAGCUGCUAUCCCUCCAGGCAAUGAAGACUUGAAGGGUGAUGAGGCAGACAAAAUUUUCCAGUUUAAGAAUGCUCUAGGCUUGCAAGAUCCAGAUGCGUCUUCUGUACAUAUGGAGAUCGGAAGGCGGAUCUUUAGACAACGGCUUGAGACUGGUGACAAAGAUACGGCUAUAGAAGAACGGAGGGCAUUUCAAAAGCUGGUUUAUGUGUCAACACUUGUUUUCGGGGACGCUUCUAAGUUCCUUCUGCCUUGGAAGCGUGUGUUCAAGGUCUCAGAUGCCCAGGUUGAAGUUGCUAUCCGAGAUAAUGCUACACGAUUGUUCACUGUCAAACUUGAUGAAGUUGAUGCAGAGCCAGACGUGGAGAACUUGAGGAUGCUCAGGGAAGAGCAGUUGAGGUUGAAGCUGACGGACGAGGUGGCUUUGGAUCUGUUCCAGUCCAAGGCAAGGCAAAGGCUUGAGGGACACAUAUCUCGAGCUCUCGAGAUUCUGAAGGCGAGAACAAGAGUCAAGGAUGUGAGAAGAGUGGUGACUGAGUUAGAAUCACUGCUGAAGUAUAAUUCUGCAUUGGCAGAAGUCUCUCGAUUGGAAGGUCUCAUUCCAGGGGUCGGACCAGCAUCGCUCAUGGGUGGAGACUAUGACAGCGACCGCGCAAUUGUAGAUUUGAAGCAACUGUAUCAAACCUACCUAACAGAAGCACUCACUUCGGGCAAGCUGGAAGAUGCAAAGGCUGCCAAUUUGACUCAAUUGAAGAAUAUCUUCGGGAUGGGCAAUAAGGAGACUGAGGAGUUGACAGGGGAUAUAACCACGAAGGUGUAUCGUCGCAAACUGGCCGCUGCAGUCAGUGAUCGGACAUUGGAAGCUGCUCCCAGCAAAGCAGCAUACUUGCAACACCUCUGCGACGACCUCCGGUUUGAUCCUGAAAGAGCGGCCAAGGUUCAUGAGGAGAUUUACAGGCAAAAGCUCGAGGCAUGUUUGGAAGACAACAAACUCAGCGAUGAGGAUGCCAAGGCGCUGUUAAGGCUCAGAGUGUUCCUCUGUGUACCGGAGCCUGUGGUCACUGCAUCUCAGAAGGAGCUCUGCGGAAAGAUCUUCUCCAAGGUUGUGGAGGAGGCGUUGAGCGGAGGUGUCGACGGUUAUGAUGCAGAGAUGCGUAAGAAGGUGAAGCAGACGAAAGAGGAUCUGCGGCUGGAUACCCCUGCAGCACUAGAGAUUGCUGGCAAAACGGUGCGUGCCAUCUUCAUGGGCUUUGUCAGAAGAUCGCGGUCCAUGACAACCCGUAAGAAUUCUGCGAAGGAGAUCAGAAAAAUGAUAAUUUUCAGCAACAUCGUGGUCACGAACCUUAUUGCCGACAUUAAAGGUGAAGCAGAGGCAUUGGAGGCAUCAACGUCUUCCGCGCUCUCUCCUGAAGAAAGAGGGCUGAAGGAGAAGCCACAGGAGGAGGAGGAGGAGGAGGAGAUAGACGAGGACGAUAUUGAGGCGAUGUAUGCAAGAGAGCAGAAGAAGAGAGAGAAGAAGGACACAAGAGUGGAGCGGUCUCAGAAGGAGAUUUCGUUGAAGGACGACAUGGAGUUACGCGAAAAGCUGGAUCUGUACAAGAGCUUCUUAAUGUUCUGUCUACAAGGGGACACAACCGGGAUGCCUAUGGGUACGCAGAUUGUCACCCAAAAAGACACGUCGGAUUUCGCUCGGCUUGCCCAAUUGGGAGACCUCCUCGGAUUGAAUGCUCUGGAAGUUGCUGGGGUCCACAAAGGCCUUGCAGAACAGGCAUUCCAGUCCAACGUAAGGACAAUCAUGGCAGACGGCCAGCUGACGCCAGCGAAGGUGGAACAACUGAAGGCCCUACAGAAGCAACUGGGUCUCCCCGAUGAGUCAGCCCAGAAAGUAAUUCGAACAUUCACUCAGUCGACGAUGGCAAGCACAUUGAGGGAAGCAGUGGCCUCGGGUAAGUUGAGUGUUGCGGAAGUCAAGGAACUCAAAGCUGCGGGCGUGGACGUGGAAACCAUGGUCCCGAAGGAAAUGCGGGCCAGCAUCUUCAAGAAGCAUAUGGAGAGUACUUUCCACUCCGGAACGGGUGAGUUUGACGAGAAGGAGAUGUACGAGACUCUGCCAGCUGAUCUGGGGCUGGAUGUGGCGCAGUCAAAAAAGAUGGUGCAAGAUUACGCAAGAGAAAGGACGAGAAACGCCCUCGUCACCGCUGUUGCACUGUUGAGACAGAAGAAACCCACGGAGGCCGUUGCGUCGCUGAACAAUUUGAUGGCAUGCGAUAAGGCAGUCCCUGCAACCGGGGCAUUGACAUGGAACGUGAGGGAAGAGCUGCUUGACCUGUACAGCAUAUAUCUUACUCGACCAAGCCCGGAUGGGGACAGGUCGAGACUCCGUGAGCUUCUUGGUAUAGAGGAGGGUGAGGCUGCUGCUCUCAAGGAUCUUGUGGACUCCGGUGGCUUUACGCUUGAGAGCCUGGAAGAGGAGGAGUUCGCCUUUUAGUCCAGCCUGCAUUGGCGAUCAUUAGAUGAGUGCUGAAAUUGGGCAGUGUGAAUGCAGACUGGUGUGCGCUGCCGGGCCUGCUAUGUUUCACAUCUUGGAGGUACGACCUUGUUUGAUCGGAGCCCAACAAUGAAACAAGAUCCUCGCUCAUCAUCAGAAGAGACAGGAUAUUUGAGUUCUUCCGCUUGUGACCUUGCCAGGUGAAGAUAAGGAUGCAGGUCGUUAGUCAGAUAUGUUGCAGCAUCUGCUUGAGCGAAGCAGGGAAGUGAUGUUCUCUUUGUGGUGGCACAUCUGUUGUUCCACAAUACAGCAGUUUUGUACGUUUGUGUUGAAUCCUACUGUCUGGUUCUUUCUGCCAUUUUGUUCUGCGGUCUUUUUCAUUUUGGUGGGGAGAAAGGGAGGUGUAACCCUCUCGUACGUAGCCUUUUGGGAGGUAAGUAUAGCAAUGCCCUCCCCAUUUCUUGCAUGCAAAGUGGAAGCUGUUUAUGCAUGCACCGCUGUCAAUAAGUAAGGGGAAUGAGGACACCUAAGCAUUUGGGAACUGUAGUCUAAAAGAGAUCAAAAAUGUCUCAUUGAUCUUUUUCUUCAGAGCUUGCUCCUCCUCAGCAUCUGUUUUUUUUUUUUUUUUUUUUUUCCACCCAUGGCUCCAAAUUUCAAGGUCACUGAUGUUUGAGGUUGUCAGUCAGGGUCUGUAUGUGUUUUCUGUGAAGAUUCUGUGAAGAUUCUGUGAAGAUCGGGGAGAGGAAUGCUAGCUUUUCUAUCGUCAGGAGUGUGCUAGUAGCACCAAUGCAUCUGAAGAGAAGGAUCGCAGAGUUCCCUCUGUUCUGUCUUUCCUAGGAUGCCAGGUCCUUGCUGCAUUCAUGCAUCUCUGUUUUGUAAUCCCAAGUAUCUGGUCACCUUUCAGAUCAGUGUGGAGUGUGCAUCGUGGGUUGCUGUUCUCGGUAUCGUUAGCGAUAGGAAAUGUCGGUGAACAGGAUAUAUAGUAGUAUACCUUGUAUAACAAUCAGCGUUAGCUCUGCACACUAUCCUUUUCUUUGUAUGCAUAUGAAUCUGGUGAUGCAGCUGCCUUUAUGGAGGGAUCUAGAAAGAGUGGGAAUACCAAACAACUCAGCCAUUGUAUAUGUUUUUGAGAACUUUUGACACACCUGCCCUUGAAUUCUGAUCUUUUGCAAACCAUUCUAUACCUCGUUUCCUCAUGGAAAAACGAGGACGCAACAGAAUCUGCAAAUAUGGAAAU